GAAGUGCUUACUCCUAUGAAGUCAGAGAGACUGCCACUUACCCUCUGAUUUUCCUUUGAACUCUCUGGACGUCGACUCAACCCUUUCUCUAUUACUGAUUUGCCAAAGGAACUUGGCAGAGAUUCUUUGUUCCAGCUCCAUGAUAGGGCCAGUGUCAUCGCGCUGUCCUGCUUUAACGUCCGCUCUGCCCCUAGCGGACUCAACUCCAAUUGCAAUCAACCGCUGGCGAUUGCUUUCUGUCCGCUGCACAAAUGAACGCCGUUCGCCAGAAAUGCCGACCAAAGCAUCAAGUCCUGGUGCUAAAAUGCUAUCCUAAGCUGCAAAAGAAUGCAGCCGAAGUCAAGCCCAACUCGAGUGAACUGAGCUAUUUGUUGUAUUAUGCGAGCACCAGACGCAGCAAGGUUCAGAAAGUUGGCGUUUUUCUUGAAAAGAGAACGGCUAGUGACCUCUGGAGAGGCCGCAUCGCAAAUGUACAAAUUACAUUGCAAAUUCUUCAUGCGUUAAUCGAAAAGUCUCCCCGGGACCUGUCUCUUUUUGCUUCUUCGGUCCUUCGAAUCUUGAGCAGUAUAGUGGGGUCCAAAGACAUUACGCUCGUGGAAGACUCGCUCCCCACACUCGAGGCUCUAUGUCUGCAUCAGGAUGCUGCCACUCUUGGCGCAGAUCAAGAGUAUAACAAUCAAUUCCAAGACUUGAUUGCUUCGUACGCUAGUUUCGCAGCCGACCACCCUCCGUCCGAAACAAAAGGGCCAAUAAGUGCACCACUUGCUAUCAGAUGGCGAAACGUUGGACUGAGAGCAAUCAAGACUCUGACAUCCUCAGAAGGUCUUGCCGUAGAUGCUGGAAGACAAUUCGGACGUACUAUCAUGCCUGUGAUCCUCCGAAACUUGUGGUCUGACAAUGACGAAUAUUUAAUCGCGUUGGACCAGCGAGAGCAAGCACAAGAGCAGACAGACAAGGACCAAGCAGUCAGGCGCAGAAUGAGUGUUGCGACUGUGAGAACAGCAGAUCAGACAGAUGCGAACGUUGCCGUCGCUUCCGGAACUGCCGCCGAUGCCGACAAGGAAGCUGAGGCAGAAGUUGGGGUCUUAGCUCUUCAGAGUCUUAAGCAGAUUUUCACAGUCAACAAUAGGGUGCAGGUUCGCGCUGCCACCGAUGCUACCUUGAAGUUUAUCGUUGGCAAAGCAUCUUCAAGCAGCACACAUAAAGAAGAUUCAGUACCUCAAAGUUCACGAAGCUUCAGAGGAUGGGGCACUACCUUGAUUGAGAUGAUUGCAAAAUGGACUCCUGUCCAAGACCGUUUUGUGAUUCUUGUAACAGCUAUGGAGAGCAUGGUCAAGAGUCCCGUCGCGGAGGACGAUUUUGAACGUCAAAUUAUAUUGGCGACUUUGGUGGGCUGGUUGCUGAGCUCCAAAGUCAACCUCAUUGGGCUCAGCGUCAUGGAUGUUCUACUGGGUCUGAUACACCAUAUUCAACUCGUUCUUCAACUAGGCGGGAGAGGUUUUGAGAAUGUACCUCCUGUUCAACCAAUGGAUGAGCUUGGAUCAGAAAAAGUCUCCGGAAACGCUCCGCGCCAAGGUCCCUCAGCCCCUGGUUUCUCUACGGGAGAGAAAUCUGAUGUUAUCUGCUCAGCAUCUCCACUGCGAAUUGAGCUCUUAGCCAAGCUACAAAAGUGCAUCGGGGAUUUGGCAACGCAUGUUUAUUAUACUGAUCAGAUAUCCGAUAUGAUUUCGGCAUUGUUGGCACGAUUGAAGCCCAAUUCUGCAUCCACGGUGAUCAAUGUCGUAUCUGCAAUCACCAAUCCUACCGCUGCAGCUAACGCCAUCUCGAAUUCUUCUAAUCUGCAAGAAAAACCAAAUACGGAUGACUUUUUCUCUUUUGGGACGGCCCGAUUGACAGCACUUCAAGCUGUCAAGGAGAUCUUGGUCACUGCAAAUCUACGCACCUCUGCCGCAGGUGCAUCCGGGAUCGGAAGAAACAAAGUCAGAGCAAACGUUUGGGAUGGCACGCAGUGGCUGCUGCGGGACAGCGAUGUCAAGGUCCAGAGAGCGUAUGUGGAUGCUUUGAAUACUUGGAUGAAAUUCGAAGUGGACAAGGCGCAACUCCAAGCUCUGAAUGAACCGUCCCUGGCCAAACCUGCGCAGAAAGCCGAAAACCCUGAUCCCGAAGGCUCGCUGGGUACUACCAGACGGGCAGUUUCAAAUGCCUCUCGUCGUGAUCGCUCGCCAAAAGCGCAUCGAACUAGCUUUGUGGAACUUCUCCACUUUGCAAUCUACGAGUCGGCGAGAAGAGCUGAUGGGACAAAAGAAGAUUAUUUGGUGCUCCAUCUCUUGCUCUGGUCAAUGCUUGAAAAUUUGGGUAUUUGCGCUCUCAAAAGCGGUCUACCGAUGAUUUUCCGCUUACAGGAGGAGAUCCAAAGUAUCGAUAAUCCCUCAGCCAAAGUCAAGCUAGGCAGCCUGGUGCACGGUUAUCUGUGGACUAUCACAGAGAAAUACGACUUGGACACUUCCUGGGUCGGAAGGGAAAUCCACAAUGAGAUUAGUCGAAGAAAACAUAAGGGAUUAUGGCUCGACGAAAUAAGGGUACCAGCUCUUCAGCUGGAUCAAAUUCGCAGAAGGACAGACGGUGCUUCUGCGCUUAAUCUCCCACCGAACGUCCUUCAUGCUGAAGCGCUUAAGCCGUUUGAUGAUCGACCGGCACUCGUUGAAUUAAUCGCCGCAGCGUACCCAGCGUCUGUAGCCUCACCCCCCUCAAGUCCACCCAGCUCGCCCGGACGCGCAUCGGUAAGUGCGUCUCGCAGCUACUUUGCCGAUCGGCGGGAACUGCCUGCAAGGGUUAAGGAAAGAAUGCUCUCCACAUGGAGCCAAGAAGCCAUCAUUGAAAGUAUCGAGAAAGAAAACAGUCGGGCGUUUUCUCUGAAUGGCUCCCGCGCAGGCACUAGCCGUUCAGCUACACGCAACUUUCUCACCGUCAAUGGUGGGACGGAGAAGGGAUCUCCUGAUCAGUUUGCGGGCCUCAUCAGCCAUCAGACAUUUCUCAAGAGCAGACCUCCGUCAAUGGCGUACGGGCUUGUUGGUAGUGGGUGUCCAGCACUCCGUCGGGCGAGUGCUCAGGAGAACCCCCCAACACCAAUCAGCAGCUCUAGCAGACUGUCAACGGUGCGAGUGGAUGAACUUAAACGCUAUCUUUCCGGUGAUACUCGCGCCAUUUCUUCGCCCCGGCACGAUCUACAUCAUUACAUGAGCAAUGACGCCAGCAGCGAAAGUAUGGUCAGUGCAGGCUCCUCAGAGUCCCAGCUCUCAUCAGGCCAAAACAUGUCUACUGCUGUGCAUAUCGCCCCUACCACUACCAAAAACGUGGCGCCCGCGGAUCAAGCGAAUGCAAGCCAAACGCCCGCGAUUCCUCGUCCCACGAGUGAUCGUCCGCGCUCGACGUCAACCUCAUCAAAUGAGCCGCGCCGGGAACACUCGAGGCACUCUAGCCGAGAAGGCUCCAUUGCUGCUCGCCGCUUGAGCGGUGGUGGUCUUGCCACUGCAAUUGUCGACGAUGCACAGGUUCAAUUCGAUCCAACCGCCGAUGUCGUCCCUCCGGUGCCGCCGCUGCCGCCAUCACUUUCGCUUCCGGGAUCGUACCCUGGUGAAAUUAUUCGCAGCCCGUCCUCUGGAAAUAUUGCUGUUACGGCUGACGGUUCGGCCGUUCCACUUACGGGCACUACCGCCUCACAGAGCGAUGAAGCUGGUCGCACAACCAGCCCCAAGACGCCCAAGCGCGAGAAGAGCCACAGCCGCAGCAGCGGCACGACCAGUGGCGGCGGCGGCGGUGGUGGUGGCGUCCUCAUCAACAGUGCUCUCCGAAGCCCAACAGCUAGCAAUACCGUCAAUGGAGACAAAACCCGUCGCCACAGUCUGAGCAGCUCGAAAAGAAAAGGUCCCUCGAGCGGAACAGAUGGCAGUUUCGGCAUCGAUCUAGAUGGUCUCCUGAAUGGAAUUCAAGUUCCCACCACCUCUGCGCGCGUCAAUGACGCCAAGUGGACCGCCCCUCUCGGACGGCCACCAUAUUAAAUUCUUCUUUUCUCCUCCUUUCUUCUUCCCCGCCUUCUCCUUGCGCCCCAUUUCCCGUCCCUGAGACCUUUUGUCAGCGUACAUAACACGAGCGUUUCCAGAUUUUGACCCGAUUCAGCUUUUGUACUUAUUUUGUUGAUUUGCCCCUACAUCGUUCUCCUUUCCUUUCCUUUCCUUCUCUUCGCCCUUUCUCUCUUUCCCGUUCUUUGCUUCUCGCUCCCUUCGUUUGGCUUUUGUAUUCUUUUCUUUUAUCCCGAUCCUUAUUCUGCAUCGUCGUGUCGUUGCUUCCCCCCUACCCUUUACUCCAAUUUUUCCCAAUGUCAAUUCAGCAUCUCUUCCGUAUCCUUUUUUGUCUAUUUCUGUCUAUUAAAGCUCUUGUUCGUAUUCA